CACGAUCAACUGAAACGGAUAGAGCCCUUCCGCUAGUGAGCUGAGGCAAUCGCUCGAGAAGACAUUGCCUGAAGAAAGAGCGAGAGGGUUCUGCUUGAGAGCUUGGCAAAGGACAGCAACUGGGCUGAGCCGCGGGAGCCGCUUGCGAACAUACUGCAUUGCACUUCUGGCGACGACUCUGGAAAUUUAGCACACUUGGAAGCUCCCCACGCAAAAGCCACCACCUACAAGGACCUGCCAUCAUGGCUGCCUCGCACAACGUAGGCGCCUCGAAACCGCGCGACAUCUUCCCCUUCUUCGAUCUACCCCGCGAGCUCCGGGAUAUGAUAUACGAAGCUGCGGUGGAAGACAGAAAACAGCUCGGAAGCAAGACGACGCCGAACUUGAGGGUCAAACGUGUUCCACUCCCUCAACUCCUCCAGGUAUCACGACGAUUCAGCGACGAAUAUCGAGAACACAUAGGGAGCAGCUCGAGUCUACACCUCAGCGAUCACGUCGAUUUUCAACUCGCCAACGUAGGAUCGUCAAUCGGCAUACCAAGCGCUGCUAGAAAGAUUCAGACACUGCAUAUCCGCUUGGCCUCAUUUGAUGGUGAGGAGCUAUCAGAAGAGCUAGAGCUACACGAGAAGUGGGUGGCAUUGGCACUACAGACUCUUCCCGACUUGCAAGAUCUCACUCUACGCCUUGAUGUGUGCACUACUGAGGAUGCCAAUGGCGCGACAUUCCUGCUUUCGGAACCAGUGUGGUCCACUUUACCGCACCUUAGUCGCUUCGAGAUCUGGCUGAGAGAAGCGACCAUGGAUGAGCUCAACGGGGUAGACAGCGAAAGCCAUACGAUCUGUAACAAGCUUCUCGUGGAAGAUGACGUUGAGCAUCAGCUGUUCGCAGCGUGGUCGUUGGCAGAGAAAGCGUUUGUGCUCACCGACGCGUGAUGUUCUAAGACUGAGGUACAGAGAAUUUGCAGUGGAUGUUACACCGCGAACCCGCUGUACAGCGAUUCAAUUGUCAGUGGCUUGGAAUUGCAAGCUUUGCAACGAGCAAGACUUGACGUUGGAGCAUCCUUCCAUGCCGGAGAGAGGUGUUGCUCAGAGCUGACGGAGACAUGACUUAAUGUACCUUUUGCCGCUCUUCAAAGUCAUCACGGGAAAGUGGCCCUCUCUCCAGGACGAUGCGCGAUCACGGCCUGCAUGCCUGCCCUGGACGAGAUUCUGGAGUAGAAGAUCGUCUGAGAUACAAAUGCAAUUCGAAGAAGCUGCUUGUCGAAACCAAUUCCUCUCGAUAGCGACGAACCUCUUUGUUCGCCAGCUUGACGGACAGGCACGACUGUGGCUAUUGCGAAAUUCAAACAGCCAUCAGCUUGCGAUGCGAACGAAGGCCUGGUUGUAUAUCGUAGUGUAGUGGUGUUGGAGAUUUCCAGGACCUAACAGGCCUCGGGAAAAGAAAGUGAAACCGACACAAAA